AUGUCACUCAAGCACUCAGCAGAGGAUAGCGGCAGCGCGAUUGAGACCACGGACUGGGCGCGGGACGCAGGGAGCAGCAUGGCGAAGCCAAAGGCCACAGGCGACGCUUCGCGAAGGCGCGUUCGGCGCAGGAUGGCGCAGGCUGCCCCGGAGCGAAGCAGCGUUCAGCUGCGCGGCCGAGUAGCGGCGCAGAGGCAGCAGCUCCUCAAGCCUUCUUGGCUGCACGACCGUGGCUUCGGCAUCAGCCGCUCAGCGUUCUCAGGGAGCGUUUUCAGGGAGCACUCCGGCAUGCGCCGGGGCGCCCUCCUAGCAGCGCAGCUCCGGGGCAAGGACCGGGCCAGCAGCCGCAAGUCCCAGGUGGUCGUCAGCGCCUUUGAGAGCGAGCUCGGCGUUCAGGCGCCCGUGGGCUUCUGGGACCCCGCCGGCCUGAGCGCCUUGGCUGGCGAGCAGUUCUCAGACAUGAGUGCAAGCAGACACGUGAAGCUGACCGCUGUGCCCCAGGCUGGUUGGGGCCAGAUCCUGCUGUACAUGGCCUACUGCGAGGCCUCCCAGACGCAGGAGCCGGGCACCGCGGCCUAUGCUGGAGACUUCGGCUUCAAGGUUCUCACCUCCAGCGACCCGGCCGAGAAGACCAAGAAGCUGAGCCUGGGUCGGGGUGGGCGUGAGAGGAGUGCCGAGUUGGCAAAUGGCCGACUGGCGAUGAUGGCCAUCAUCGGCAUGCUCCGGGGCUGCAGACCAGAGUUCCCCAAAGUUGCCUCCUUCAAAUGA